AUGAGUGCAGGUGGAUCGGGCCAGGAUCCAGGUCUCAGUUCGGACGAUUCUCGUUCGAAUUACACAGAGUCACAUGGACGAAAGGAUAAAGGCAAAAUGGCCUCGAGAUCAGGUGAGAGAGAACCACUGCUUCCCCGGUACGAGGAUCAGAUUGCCAGUGCAGCAGCUGAGUUGAACCAGUCAACUCCGCCAGGUUCUGCUUCGUACGGGACAACAGCUCCGCAAGGAAUGUCUCCAUCGACGUCUAUUCAAGAGUCAGAUGACCGUAUGCUAUGGAGUAUCACUAAAUCAACGUUUUCGAAACUGGCAACUGUAUUCAUAUUCCUGGCGUUUGGUUUCAUGAUCUUAUAUCUGCUACAGAUCAAUAGUCUAAGAGAGGAGAUAGUUAGAGUUCCGCAGCUCAAUAUCCAUCAGGUGUCUUUAGACUCACUGGAUGGCGAUGGAAUUAAUGUCCAGGUGACGGGUUUUGUACAGGUGGAUUAUGACAAGGGUCUACAAGGAUCCCAAUUUCGCAAGUCCAUUAUUAAGGGUGUAUCGGGGCUCAUAGGUUCGAUUGAUGCUGGCGAGCAGAACAUCACUCUUUAUUUUGAUCAGAAUUAUAAUAUUCUGAGGAGUAGUCAUAAUCACAACAGUAGGAUCAGUGAUAAUGUGGAGAACUACAAGAUUAAUGACGAUGAUGGUGGUGAUGACGAUGAUGAGAAUCCGUUUGUUCAUACCGCUAAUAUCACCGUGCCAUCUCUGACAGUAGAUACACACCAUCUCCACAACACGAGUUUCGACUUUGUUGCUAAAAUCAAGGAUUUCGGCAGCCCAAUUGUUAUUGGAACUAUAGCUCAACACUUGCUGGCCAAUGAUGCCAUGCAUUUCAAAGCUCAUACCCGGCUACCAGUGUCGAAGUGGGGAUGGAACUUUGGCACUUACGACAUUGAUUUCGAUCAAAUAAUAAAUGAAGAUGACCAAGAUGGUGAUAAUGAGAAGCCCAAAGGGCUGUUGAAUGUCCAGCUGGAAGAUAUCAAGAUCGUUCCUAGUAAGAACCUAGGACUCGAUGUUAUCACAAAACUGUCUACAGACUAUAAGUUCUCGGCAGCAGCAGAUAUUCCAUCAUUAUUAUGGGAACUGAAAAUCCCCGGAUGUCCUAAACCCCAGUCCAGUCCAUAUCAACUGGCAUCAAAAGGCAGGACGUAUCCUAUACAUCUGCUACCGCAGUCAGUUGUUGGAAUAACAGUGGAAUCGAAUCUUGCAGAGAUCCCUUUUGAGAUAUUAUUUCCCUGCGACAAUGGUCCAUCAACCAACGGAUCCAAUUUCAAAUCACCACUGGACAUGUUUAUUCAAAAGUACAUAUCUGGAGAGACCAAUCUGGUGAAAAUUGAAGGAUCAUCUCAGCAAGACGACAGUUUACCAGACUGGCUCAGUCGUAUUAUCCAGUCGGUAUCUUUCACUAUACCAUUUGAAGGGAAGAAAGGAAGCGAUGACCUAAUACAAGGACUGGAGUUCAGGAACUUCCGACUUUCGUUUCCGCCCAGCCAGCCAUUCCCACCUGUAUACGCCCCUAAUCAACCUCCACGAGUCAGUGCUACGAUUCGAGUUCACGUGAAAACCCCGAAUCUCAUUGACAUUGACCCUGACAUGGAUCUCAGCGUGCCUCUAACCAAGGGCUCGGCUGAUUUGUUUUCCCAGGGGGAGCAUUUUGCACACAUCGACAUCGACGACUGGAUCCCCUGCACCACUGAACACGAUGAGGGGCCCAACACAUACCUCGUUGAGUUCGAUAUCGAGUCUGUCCCUGUCGAAGUUAUUGAUCAGAGUGUUUUUGGCCGGGUUAUGCGUGAAGUCCUCAUAGCCGGAGGCUCGCCCAUCCGCGUCGAAGCUGUCGUCGACGCGGAGGUCAGCACCCCCAUCGGCGACCUCGUCGUCACCGAUCUCCCUGCCCAAGGAGACACUGUCAUCCGCUCCUCAGGUUUCUAA